AUACCUGUAUUGCUUUUCUGACGAUGUCAAGGGAAUGGAGACCACAUAUCCAGCCAUGAGAUGGGCUAUUUAAUGGAAUACGGUAAAGGAAAAAGGGCAUGACUACUCCCCCAUGCACGUUGACACAUAAUUGACAUGGCGGAAUCCCACACUCGCUUGGACUGUGGCAGACGCAGCCGUCUGGGAAUGGCUACAUUUUGAUUCAAGAUUAGGGAAAGUGGAUACACGCCGCUAUCGUCAAAGAUUUCGCAAUUCGGAGAAAGGCGGUCCUGGGGAGGCCUCCAUGAAUGUACGUCACGAUGAUGAUGACGGACCAGAUGCUGGACCUGCCACCGCUGCUGAACGGCGAGGUGCCCGUCAUGCACCCCCUGAUGAACGGGGACACAUCGCAACAGGUGAUCGUGGUCCAGGUGAAUCCAGGAGAGACGUUCACCAUCCGGGCGGAGGACGGCAGCCUGCAGUGCAUACAAGGGCCAGCUGAAGUUCCCAUGAUGUCACCCAAUGGCUCCAUCCCACCAAUCCACGUGCCCCCAGGCUACAUCUCCCAGGUCCUGGAGGACAACACGACGGGGGUUCGGCGUGUGGUGGUGACCCCUCACUCGGAGUGCUACCCGCCCAGCUACUCUCCUGCGCUCUCCCCCACCCACCACAUGCCGCCGCCUUACAUGGCACACCCACACUUCAUCCCCGCCUCCCACACGGCCUACUACCCCCCAGCUGGCCACGGGGAUGUGCCCCCGCACCAGUACUACCCCCACCGCCUGCCCCACCUCUACGAGGAGAUCAUCCCCAACAUCCACUACAACAUGACCUCCUACAUCAACCGGGAAGAGCCGUAUUGCAAACCGCCGCCCAAGAAGCUGAAGGGCCCAUCGGAGCGCCCCGGUGGCCUCAAUCGCCUCAACAGUAGCCCGCCCUCCUCGACCUACAAGAACAACAACUCCGGCUGCAGCCCCACAGCCAAUGGCUACAAGAGCCACAGCGGAGUGUGUAGCACGGGGGGCGGUGGGGGUAGUGGUGGUGGAGGAAGCCCGGGAAACAAGCGGACAGACAGGCGGUCCAGAUUGAGCCCCAAGAGCCACGAUGGGGAGCACCAGCAUCAUCAGUCUCCACAGCAUCAUCAUCAUCAUCAUCAGCAACAGCAGCAGCAGCAGCUGCAGCAACAGCAACCACCACAACAUGAUCAUAAUGUAGAAAGUAGAAGAAUCCAAGACAUACUCCCAGGAGUAGACAAACCACAGAUUUCCAAAGUGCAGUCUCGUUCGGCUCUGGUGUCCUGGGCUCCCGUAACCGUCUCCAGUGGCCAAGGUGACUCAGGCACCUCCUCCCCCUCCUCCUCCUGUAGCUACGAACUCACGCUCACUGACAAGGGGGCGGAUGGGAAGUACCGCCAGGUUUACAGUGGACAAGAACUGGAGCACCACCUGACGGAUUUGAGGCCGGCCACAGACUACCAUGUCCGGGUUAGUGCUGUAUGUGAUACUGUACGGGGUCCGCGCUCUGAGGUCGGUGCGUUUACCACCCACUGCGGCCCUCCGGACACCCCUCUACCCCCCAGACUCUCCCACCGCUCCAGGAGCUCUCUCACCCUUCAGUGGAAGCCUCCAGUAGACAACGGGUCAAGGAUCACAGGCUACGUACUGGAAUGGGAUGAAGGCAGAAAGAAUGGCGCUUUUCGGGGGUGCUACUACGGCAACCAGAGGCACUUUAAAGUGACACGUCUCUCACCGGCCACCAGUUUCACAUUUCGUCUGGCGGCACUAAAUGACAUCGGGACCAGCGGUUUCAGCCCAGAGGUGUCCUUCCCCACGGCGGGCAGCCAACCCCAUCUCCCCCUGGCUCCUCAGCUCCUGAAGGCUGGCAGCAGCUGGCUCACGUUGGAGUGGACGCGCCCCGGAGGCUGUGGGCCGGAGGAGCCCAUCACCUACACACUAGAGCUCAAGGACGAUGCACAGGGACUUGACUUCCACGUCAGGUACAAUGGUACUGAUGUCAGUUGCACAGUGGAUGGCCUCAAGCGCAACACGCAGUAUAGCCUCAGGCUCACCGCCUGCAGUGCAGAGUGGAAGAUUGGUCCGAGUCCAGUGCUGGUGUGCAAGACAAUCCCCGAGCAGCCAGAAGCUCCUACAAGCCUCAGUGUGAGAGACAUCAGCUCACACAGCGUCUGUGCUGCAUGGCAACCACCGCAGGACGAUGGCGGCUCCGGGGGACUGACUUACAUCCUGGAGAUCUUGGAGGACGAGACUCAAGAAGCCCCCUGGGUGGAGAUGUACAGUGGGCCUGGCCUGGAGCACGUGUGUGGAGACCUGAGGCCAACCACCAGCUACUCACUGCGAGUCCACUGCCUUGGUGCUGGAGGUCAGAGCCAGCACUCUCCGAUCCUGUCUGUUCGAACCCUGUGCCUUCCUCCAGCUCAGUGUCAAGCCCCGAGAAUAGUGGGCAGUGUCAAACACAAGGAGGUGAACUUGGAAUGGGAUCCACCCGUAUGUGAGGGAGCCGGCCCCGCUGAGCAGUUCACCGUGGAGAAGUGCGUUGUGGAGGGGAGAGUGGCUACGGAAGAGAGCCAGGCGGAGAGCCAGGAAGAGGAGGAGCAGGAGAGCCAGCCGCCCCAGCAGCCUCAGCCGCCCCCAGAGAGCCAGUGGCAGGCGGCAGAGGUGGUUUACCGCGGCCAGGCCACCGAGUGCACCGUGGGCAGCCUCCUCCCCGGGGCCACGUACACAUUCCGCGUGCGCGCCACCAGCAAUGGCGGGGAUGGUCCCUACUCAGAGUCCCUCACUGUCAUCACGGCAGCGGGACCCCCUGGGCAAUGUGGCAAACCCACCGUUACCGUCACCUCCCACACCAGUGCAGUCGUAAGCUGGGAGAGCUGUGACGAGAGCUCCGGAGCAGACGUGACGGAGUAUCGACUGGCAUGGGGUCGUGACCCCGACGCCCUGGAAAUGGUGUACAGCGGCACGGACACCUUCUGGCACGUCUCCGACCUGGAGGCAGCCACGGAGUACUGUUGCAGGUUACAGGCGGCCAAUGAGGAUGGGGCAGGCCCUCACAGUGAGCUGGUCACCUGCGUGACGCCCGCAGCUGCCCCCAGUGCCGUGCCAGGCCUCUCCCUCGUGGAACACGACCCUGCCAAUGCCGACCAGUACCCGCCCUCCACAUGCCUGCCGCUGGCCUGGGAGGAGCCCUGCUCCAACGGGGCUGACAUCACCUCCUACUCUCUGGUCAUGGGGGACCAGUCGCUUGCUGUGGGCAAUGUGACCAGUUACGUGUUGACUGGCCUGCAGCCCAACACAGAAUACAGCCUUCAGAUUCAAGCGGAGAAUGAGAUGGGUCCUGGCCCUUUGUGUGAGCCGCUGGUGUUGAGGACCCGGCCGCUGCCCCCUGCCCCACCCCACCUGGAGUGUGCUGCUGUGGGACCGCAGAGCCUGAAGCUGCGCUGGGGGGAGAGCAGCAGCAGCAGCAGCAACAGAGUUCAGGAUGGGGAGGACAUCUUGUACACCCUGCAGAUGGAGGACAAGAACCAGAGGUUUGUCGCCAUCUACCACGGGCCGAGCCACACCUUCAGGGUUCAGCGGCUGAGCGAGUCGAGCCAAUACAGCUUCCGCAUCCAGGCGGUGAGCGAGGCUGGCGACGGGCCCUUCUCCGACACCCUCAGCUUGUGCACAUCCAAGUCUGUGCCCCCAACUCUCAAAGCCCCUCGAGUGUCCCAGCUGGAUGGGAAUGCGUGUGAGGUCAGUUGGGAGGCUGUUCCACCCAUGCGAGGGGACCGCAUCACCUACACCCUUCAGGUCCUCGGUGGCCGAGACACUGAGUACAAACAGGUGUUUAAGGGAGAGGAUACGUGCUUCCAGCUCUUCAGCAUGCAGUGGAACGUGGACUACCGUUUCCGCGUUUGUGCCAACAGGCACUGUGCGGAUGACGCCUCACAGGAGCUGAGCGGCCUCUUCAGCCCGUCAGCCCACUUCACCCCGCGCCGCCUGGAACAGGCGUUGGCCAUCGAGGCGAGCGUCGCAGCCCCACCAGCAGUAAAGGCCUUUGGCCUCACGUCCACAGACGGCCAGUUUGCCACCCUGAUCGUGGUGGGUCUGGCCUCGCUCUCCUUCCUCCUGGCUUUCCUGCUACAGCUCUUCCUUAUCGAGUAGUCCUGCCACACAAGAGGGUGAGAAUGAAAAAGGGAAAAAGAAAAUGUAUAUGAUUUAUGAUGGAAUGAUGAAAAGAGGAUAACUUGGAGGGAUUUUUUUUAAUAAUGUACGUAGAGGACAUGUGUAUACACGUGUAUACACACAUACACAUACACAUACACAUACACAUACACAUACACAUACACAUACACGCACACACAUGCACACUACACACAACGCGCACACACACACACACACACACACACACACACACACACACACACACACACACACACACACACACACACACACACACACACACACACACACACACACAGCACAACGUGACGGUUGAGUUUGGGAUAUUUUUGAAAGUCCUGGUGUUUUUACAUACCGUAUGGUAGCCUACCACACAAUUCCAUUGUCUCUUACCACAUUCCAUUGCUAUGUUCUGUCCCUUUUUAUAUGUAUGUAAUCUUUCUAAAUCUAAAGAGGAGUAAGAUGUAGUGCAUAUGUCUUGCACCAGUUCUGAAACCACAGUCCUGAAAUAAGGUUCUACAAAAGUAUUUUUAUACUUUUUUAUAUGGUUUUAGGUCCAUGACUGAAACAAAAAAAAGUUAUAUUUUCUACAUUGCCAUUUUUAAUGUUUGGUCCUAUUUUUUCUUUAAGCCUGUUGUCUAAAAGUAUUUAUAUUUUUAUUACAGUUAUGUAAUUUCUAUGUUACAGCUUUAACAUGUUUUUUUUUUCUUUGUCUGAAAGGAGAUAUUCCCCCAGGUUAUGGGUGAGGUGAGGCUCAGGUGUGAGGUGUGUGAGAAGAAAGAGCAGGCUGAAACGCCUGGUUUGAGUUUUUUUAUUAUUAUUAUUAUUUUUUAAACCCAUCAUCCACACAAUUCUGCUGACCAGUGGAUCUUCUAGAACUGUCCGCUUAACUCUAAUCAGAGUUUGGGAUCUCGGCUUCAGAAAGUCCCUCCUUGUAUACUGUUUAAUACAGCCAUGUUUGGAACAGCUGAUUGUACUGUGCGAAACAGUAAUGAGGUUGGUGGGUGAGCUAGUAAGCAGGCACUGUUAAACUGCCAAGUAACCGUACAUCAGCUGUUUGGUUCAUCAUUUGAAUAUGCUUCACGUCGUAAGUGAGUAGUAUGGCAUGGCAGCCCCUGGGAGUCACUCUUCUUCAGUACUGGCAUUAUAGUCAAGUGCGAUGUCCUUAUUGUCAGGGCUGGAGUGUAACAGGUCACAGGACACCAUGAAUUUUUGACAGUCGUCAUUAAUUAUCCCCCGCAAAUAAUAGUAACCGACAGCUGUAGUGAAUUUUGCCACCAUAGGCACCACUGCAAUUCAAAUUCCGGACAUCCAGAGUCACCAUGGGAGUCACAUUUUCUAUCCAUCGUGGCGUCGCACCCACUGCCCAUGCGCACCAUGUCCUCAUGGACGUUGCCAUCGUACAUGUUGCCAUGUGGCACACUGACUUGGUCAAGUCGUUCACUUGGGACAUUUAAUUCCGAAUUGACUCAAUUUAAUUCAGAAUAAAAAAUAAUUCAGCUUUGAAAACAUCCUGUAAACACUUCACAAUUCAAAAUUGAAGUUAUUCCGUUGUUAAUUCCGAAUAACUUAAUUUUUCUGCAACCCCUGGCAAAAAGUAUGGAAUCACCUGUCGUGGAGGAUGUUCAUUUAGUCGUUUUAAUUUUGUCGAAAAAAGAUCGAUCACAGACACAACACGAAACUGAAGUCAUUUCAAAGAACUGUCUUUAAGAAACAAUAAAUACAAGAGACAAUGGUGCUUGCAUCCUCUGUCCAAUUGAAACGAUGUUAAUUCGGAAUUAAAUGAAAGUUCUUGACAGAAACUCGAUAGAAAAUAAUUUUCACUCUGAACUGUUUAAUUCCUGGGCUGGGCACCUGCAGUAUGUUAAACAUGCCCUGCCCUAUGUAUGCAUAGUGUGAUGCUAAACUACCACUUGGAUACAACUCGUGAACCCUGAUCUUGACGAGACAGGACCAAACUACUCAGACCUUCACAUUAUAUGCUCUUGGUUGAAUAAUGCCAUUGCAAUGUGAUGAUGCCUCAUGAAAUUCGUGCACAGGCAUGGUACGAUAUUCACUUUCUGAAGCCGAGAUCUCCACCCGUGCCUGUGACAGGAUGAAAGCGAAGAAAAAAAGCGAGUGGUGUAGUGAAAGUGCAAAGCGUGCAUUUAGAGCCAUCCGUCACUUUAUUUGGUCUGGGUUGGCGUCCUCACAUACAUAACUGCAGUACACUGCAUUGUAAAUGUAUGAAAGGGAAAGUGUCCUUGACUCUCUCUUGAUUUGGGACAGUCUCCUGAAAUAUUGAUGGAGACCACCAUGAGCAUUAGUCUUCCCGCCCAAAGAGUUUCACCGUGCAACACCUUAGUGACUGCCUGAAGUCUGGAGCGUACCUCAGGGACUCAGGGUUUCAGAAGGGUUACAGCCAUAGACAUACAGUGUAGAUAACAGUGGUUCUUAACCUUUUUUCUUGAAGCACCCCCUAAACUCUGCCCAAGACAAGCCGUGCACCCCCAAACCAAACGUCUAUACGUGUAUACGCACAAAAAAGUGAUUUAAGUGAAUAAUUACAAUGAUUCUUGCUUUAGACAUUAAACAAUUCUUUAAUAACUUCACAUUAGGUCCAAAACAUGUUUUAAUUUGUUCUUGAUUUGGCCUAAUUAUGAGGUUUAGAAUCAGAAUUUUGUUCACAACCUUAACACAAACAAAAUUCCGUGCACCCCCUGAAAUCUCUGGCGCACCCCCAGGGGGUGCCCGCACCCCAGGUUAAGAACCACUGGUAUAGAUAACAGUGGUGUAGUCUACGUAGAACGCGGGUAUACGGAGUAUACCCACUUCUAAAUUUCAGGGAUUUCAGUAUACCCACUUAAAAUUGAUUGCUCCAUUAUUUUGAAUAGCAGAAAUAUAUACAGUAUACCCACUUCAAAAAAUACUCAAAUAUACAGUAUACCCACCAUAAAAAAGUAGACUACACCACUGAUAGAUAAUAUACAUAUACCUGUAUAGACAUACAUAUUGAUGUACCGGUAUAGUAUGUCUAUGGUUACAUAUCUACAGAUGUAUAGUGUGUCUGUGGCUACAGCAUUACGUUUCCAUGGCGGCAGUGCCCCACCCUUAGAACUGGCUAUUUUGACUAUAAUUCUCUGCUGGCGUUGGUCUGGCCAAACCAUCUUGUAAUGUAAGCCAAUUUCUUAUAGAGCGAGAUUAACUGACCUCUUUCAAAUGCCUCCAUUUGCUACUGCCCAAAGUUUCAAACAGUUCCAUUUUCACUCUGACUCACGUGUAGAGGUGGAAACUGCUUGAUUUACUGUAGAUGUACCGUAGUGUGCCAUUUUGCCUUAAACACGCCACUGCUGAGCCAUUUGAAAUGCCAUACUUUCACUGGCCCUAUUUUCUCAGAAAAAAAUUGUAGGUUGUAGGUCGAUUGUAGGCUUGGUCAGACUAACUAAGGGGCGAGAUCUUGUGCAGUGUCACAGGUAGUGUGGGCAGGCCCAGGCUAUCCCACCCUUAUGCCUUCCUCCAUGAUGGUUAACCUUCUCGCUCAGUCACAUCAAAGAUGUUCUCAGUAGGGAAAGAUGAUUCAAACUCCGCCCUCCCAAUGCAAAGGAGUUUCCUCAAGUUUGGUCUCCUAAGGGGCGUGGUCCCCUUCUUUUUCUCUUUCUAUGCCGUUUGGUGACGGCUUGCAUGAGGAGUGCGUCUUAAUAUGUGACCUUGCCUCCUCCACUUGCGCUUGUCUCCUCGCCCCGCCUCCUGACCCUCCUCCAUGGAGAAAACGAUAAAGUUUCCCAGCUGUCAGCCUAGCCACAACAACUUUUGAGGGACUGUUUUUCAUUCACCAUAACAAUUGCAAACCAGAAAAAGACUCUACAAUUGAGCUUUUGCAAGAUAUUGAAAUAUAAUGCUGUUGUCAGUGAUGUCAUCAUGACGAGAAGCGAGUGGAGGAGGCAAGGUCGCAUAUUAAAACGCACUCAGUGCCUCGGGAACUCCACUUAUACUCAGCCUAAAGCCUCCAAAGGUCUCCUAACCGCAGGUCUCCUAAAGGGGCAUUCACAUGACAUCACAUGAAUCCAGGAAAUGCACAGGCUUGAUAUGAAUCAUCUUACUCUACUCUACUCUCUUUGGUCACAGAUUUCAAUGGUGGUCUCGUGGUCCAUUUUGCAGUAUGCUCGCCUUUCACGAGUGUAGUGCAAGACAAGAAAUGUUUACUAGCUCCGUCAUACAGUCACCAAAGUUAAUGAGCAAUUUUUGUUAGGCCUUUUAUUUAUGCUAUAUAUUGCAUACCGUACUUUAUAAUGCAAAUCACAGUGCAAUCUUCAUUUAUUUAUUUCUUUAAAAAAAAAUCAAAAGAACAGUCAUACAUACUUCUUUCCUCAUGUAGCAUGUCAUAUUUUACCUUUUACGGUUAUGAUUUGACUUUCUUAUAUUUUGUAUUUUUCAAAGAGAAAAAAGGCAUUCCUAACAUUUCUUAAUCUUGUUCAUGUUUCUUAUCAGUCAUUAAUGUCCGUCUUUUUGUAAAGUCUUUUUUUUAAAUGAUGCAAAUCUGUCCAGUUAAUGAAGUCAAUCUUGGUGCUAUUCCAAAUGAUUUACACACCCUUUGCCAUUGCAGACAUAAAGCAUUAUUGCCAUAGUCAAAAGGUAAUACGUUGUGUGCCUUCGCACUAUAUGACCGUCUUAACUUCCAACACUUCAUGUUUUAGUUUUUUUUUCCCCCAACCCUAUUUGGUUUGCCUCCUCUUGUCUGCAAUCUUCAGACUUGGGAGAAGAUCUGUGAAAGACCUGUGUGGUCUUGCUGCAAACUAAACCCCAGCACAUUGACUUUUCUUAUUAUUGGCAUCUUUUAGCAUUGUAUUAUAAAUCUGUUUUUUUUUUAUUAUUAUGUUGACACUUGAAGAUUCUUAUCUUUCUUUGAAGAUGUAUUGAAACUGUUACCCCCUAAAAAGUAAUAUUUUAUGGUAACUUCAGCUUAAAAGAAGAUUCAUUCAACAUUGCCAUUAUUUUUUAAUUUUAAUCAACUAUGAUUUUUAGAAUUCAUCAAGAAUUGUACAUUGUUAAUCAUAGUCAUCAUAUGAAAUACUACCAUAUCACCUUAAUGUAUAGAUUUUGAAAAUACUACCCUUUGUAUUUAAGAUGAUUAUGUAUCUGUAGCAUAUAUGUAAUAUAUUUAUGCACAAUAAAUGUUAAAU